CCACCACUUUGCCCCUCCUUCUUCUUUUUCUGUCUAAACACGCUGUCUAACACCGCUCUUUCUUCUUCACACUUCUCGUUGCAUCGCUCUCCCUAUCCAUUGGAAUGGCUGCUGUGACAGAUGGUCUUGUUCCUCAGCGCCAGGCGCCCCCGCCGCCUCGGCCGUCUACCUCCAGCAACAAGUCGCUGUCGCUCCAGCUAUCCCCAGGAUCCGUCCCGCAUUCGCCCCCAUCGUCCUAUGGGUCAUCGUCUUCUUCACCCGCUUCACCAUUGGCGGAAAGGGACUCAAACCAGAUGCAACUACGUGUGCCUCCGCCCAAGAAGGGCCCACCGCCACCUCAGAAACCAUCGCGCCAAAACGACCACAAAUUGAACACACAGGACUCUUUUCGAUCCAACCACUCGGAGAACACCAUCACUUUGAGUACGCACCACCAUUCCUCGCCAAAGUCCUCGUAUGGUCGCUCGCAUCAGCCCUAUGAUACGCCCGAAUACCCUUCUUCUAACCGAUCGACUUUUAAGGGCGUGUUCAGCAACAUUGUCAGUUCGAUGUCGGACUUGCUUUCCUCUGACAAGAAGAUGGAGAUUUCCUCUCCUUACAAUCCUGUCCAUUUGACACAUGUGGGAUACAAUCUCGAUACGGGCGAGUUCACUGGUCUGCCCAAAGAAUGGCAGCAGCUGUUGCAGGAGUCUGGGAUUUCAAAGCAGGACCAGGCAGCGAACCCGCAGGCGGUCAUCGACAUCAUUGGCUUCUACACCGACAGUCAGGAAGGAAAGCAGAACGAUGCCGUCUGGAAGAAGUUUGGACAUAACCCUGCGGACGUAAAGGCAUCAAAACCGUCGCCGUCGUCCACCUCCUCUCCCGCCUCGUCGAAACAGUCUUACAAGGACGAUCGUUCGCGAGAAAAGCCCACUUCUCCAUCCUCACCCCCAACUCGUCCAGUUUAUGAACCUCCUCGGACUCCUCCUACGCCUCACGUUGCUAAAAAGACCUCCGUCUCACGGCCAGCAGAUUUGGCACCCACUGAGAGGAGGUCAGAGACAUUGGAGAAGAUCGACACGGAUGCGAGCCCUAUUUCUCCACCAGCUGUGGCGCCACUCCCUUCAUCGCAGGCACCAAGGUUACCUCCGCCAAAGCCCAAAAAGCCAGCGCACCCUCAAGCGAUCGUACCACCAGCAAAGUCUAGCCCCUCAUCAACCUCUGCCCCCCAUCAGACGCACCAACAGCCAAAGCGGCGUGAGAAGAAGCCGGAGAAGGAUUCUGUGAGCUCACAGGAUGUGAUUCGUCGGCUGCAGGCAAUCUGCACAGAUGCGGAUCCGACAAAGUUAUACCGUAACCUUGUUAAGAUUGGACAGGGUGCCUCUGGAGGGGUGUACACUGCAUAUCAAGUCGGGACGAACCUUUCAGUCGCGAUUAAGCAGAUGAAUCUGGAGCAGCAACCGAAGAAGGACUUGAUUAUCAACGAGAUUUUGGUCAUGAAGGAGUCGAGCCACAAGAACAUUGUCAAUUAUAUCGAUUCGUUUUUGUAUCGCGGCGAUCUCUGGGUGGUGAUGGAAUACAUGGAGGGCGGCAGCUUAACAGAGGUCGUGACGACGAACGAGAUGGCUGAUCCUCAGAUCGGAGCUGUCUGUCGCGAGACCUUGCUGGGACUAGAGCACUUGCAUUCAAAGGGAGUCAUUCACAGAGACAUCAAGUCGGACAAUGUUUUGCUGUCCCUAAACGGCGACAUCAAACUGACGGAUUUCGGAUUCUGUGCGCAGUUGAAGGAGAGCCAAGGAAAGAGGACGACGAUGGUCGGAACACCAUACUGGAUGGCACCCGAGGUCGUGACGAGAAAGGAGUACGGACCCAAGGUCGAUAUCUGGUCCCUGGGCAUCAUGGCCAUCGAAAUGUUGGAGGGAGAGCCACCAUACCUGAACGAGAACCCACUCAGGGCACUCUAUCUGAUUGCGACAAACGGAACACCAGCAUUGCAACACCCUGAGAAGCUGUCGGCUGAUUUCAGGGACUUUUUGGCACAGUGUCUGGAGGUGGACUCGGAGAAGCGACCGACAGCAAGUGAAUUGUUGAAGCACCCGUUCCUUAUAAGAGCGCAUUCCGUCAGGACAUUGGCACCCCUGAUCAAGGCAGCCAAGGAGAGUCAACGGCAUUAGAGUCUUGAGAGUGAAAGGCGAAUACGCGUGAG